AGGCUAUAGAGAUCGAUGGCGGAAAAGGAGAAUUACUUCUUUCGUGCCACGGAAAUGAAAAUGGUUGAAAUGUUCCUGAGUCAAGAAUGUGCAUAUGAGUGUGUCAAGGAACUGGGUGAACUGGGAAUUGUGCAGUUUGUUGACUUGGUGAAAGGGACAAAUUUGUUUCAAAGAAGUUUCGUGCCCGAACUGAAGAGAGCAGAUGAAAUGGAGCGCCGACUCAGAUACAUAGCAGCCGAGAUAAACUCUGAAGGUAUCCAGGUACCAAUAGAAUACGAAAUACCACCCGCCCCAAACAGCACCGCUACAGAAAACGAUUUGGAGACGGUGGUCGCCAACUUCGAAGAUGAGUUAAAAGAGGUGAAGACGAAUUUAACGUCUCUCAGAAGUAGCUUUGUUGAUUUGAUGGAGCUCAAACAAACCCUUCUAGCUGCAGAUACCUUCUUUCGGAAGGGUUCAGGAUCUUUGUGGAGCAGCCCAACUAACAAUUACUCGUUGGAAGAAGGGGAAGAAGGACGACAUCUUCAGUUUAUUACUGGUGUUAUUGAUAGAAAUAAAGUAGCCAUCUUUGAAAGAGUGAUUUGGAGGUCGUGUCGAGGUAAUGUGUUCGUAAGGACGGUGGAGAUAAAAGAUACGAUGACAGAUCCAGAAACUAAUGAACAAAUUGAGAAGAAUGUUUUUAUCUGCUUCUUUCAGGGAUCACAGCUCGAACUAAGGGUCAAAAAGAUUUGUGACGGUAUGUUGUGCAGAGUUUACCCGUGUAGCGAAAAAGCGUCCAAAAGACACGAAGUUAGAGACCAAGUAACAACUAGACUGGACGAGAUGGAGGACGUGAUCUUACAGACAACAGAGUACAGAACUCAGCAACUCAGAGACAUUGCUGUUGACAUUAGAAGCUGGAUUGUUAAGGUUAAGAAGUGGAGGUCAAUAUAUUACACGAUGAGUAAGUUUAAUGUUAACGAUACGAGGACAGGCUUCAUUGCAGAGGGCUGGGUCAAAACUUCAGAUCUUGAAAGUGUCAGACAAGCUCUAAAAAAGGGGGCUACUUCAGCAGGUAGUGUGGUUAUGCCGAUACUGAACACAGUUGGAACCAAUCUAACACCUCCUACCUACCACCCCUCCAUUAAACUUACUAAGGGUUACCAAGUUAUUAUAGACGCGUACGGUGUCGCUACUUAUCAAGAAAUGAACCCUGCCGUCUACACGGUCAUUACAUUCCCGUUCCUGUUUGGAAUUAUGUUUGGAGACAUGGCACACGGACUUUUCCUCUUUUUAUUCGGCGCCUGGUUUAUCUAUAAGGAAUCUUAUUUUGAUAAAAGAAAACACUUAUUGGACGAAAUCAUUGCAAUGUUGUACUAUGGGAGAUACAUAAUAAUGAUGAUGGGGAUAUUCGCUUCUUACAGUGGUUUUCUCUACAACGAGAUAUACUCCAAAGGAUUUGAUAUCUUCGGGUCCAGCUGGAGAAUGCCAAACGACGACAUAACGUAUACAUCGAGUGACGAUGCAACUCUCGACCCUCAAUACGACUAUGGUUCACCCUACUACUACGGAAUUGAUCCAAUGUGGAUCAUGUCAGAAAAUAAACUGACUUUCCUUAAUUCUUACAAAAUGAAGCUAUCAGUUAUCCUUGGACUUAGUCAAAUGACAUUUGGACUUUUUAUCAGCCUUUUAAACUAUAGGUACUUUGGAAAAGUUUUAGAUAUUUGGUUUACAUUCAUACCACGGCUCAUAUUUCUUAUGUGUAUCAUUGGUUACAUGUGCUUCUUGAUUUUCUAUAAGUGGUUCUUUGUGGAUGCUGGAAAAUCCAACCCUUCUAUCUUGAUAACAAUGAUUGACAUGUUUUUAUCUGUUGGAUCUGGAAUCGAUUCUGACGACAAGUUUUAUGAAGGCCAGGAACUGGUGCAGCUUUGUUUAGUUAUUCUGGCGCUUUGCAUGGUCCCUACGAUGUUAGCAGCAAAACCCUUAAUUGAGAGGUAUCAGAGGCAUAAAGAUGUUGCUGAGUACGAAGCAUUGUCGUCUGACAGUGACGACGAGGAUUUGGAGGAGCGAGAUAGAGCAGAGGAAGCGGCUGAAAUCGACAUGUGGGUCAAUCAAGGAAUCCACACGAUAGAGUUCUGUCUUGGUGUUAUCUCUAACACAGCUUCUUAUCUCCGACUUUGGGCUCUUUCUCUAGCUCACUCAGAGUUAUCGGAGGUACUUUGGGACAUGACAAUGUACUAUGCAUUCUACUGGCUGGACUGGGAUGAAGGGGGCUGUGUUUUACUGAUAUUUAUUUUUGCUGCAUGGGCCGCUUUAACUGUGUCCAUUCUUCUUUGUAUGGAGGGACUAUCAGCCUUCCUUCAUGCACUCCGUUUACAUUGGGUCGAAUUCCAGAAUAAGUUUUACGAUGGUAACGGCUACAAGUUUCUACCGUUCUCAUUUGCCCUUAUCCUGGAAAAUGAGGAAAACCUGGAAGAGAUAUCAGCGAUAUAAACUGGACUGAUCGUACAGUAGGACAGUAAUUGAAACAACAGUCGUUAUUUUCUGUAAAUAUAUUGAUCUGCAAUUAACUAAUUUUCAAUGAUCAUGCUUUGGGGUAUU